AUGGCGAAAUCGGCUGAGCUGGCCAAGAGGGCAGUGAAGCUCGGGCAAGAUGACCCUAGACGAGUCACUCAUUCACUUAAAGUCGGGUUAGCACUUUCCUUAGUGUCGCUGUUCUAUUACCUCCAGCCGCUCUACGAAGGCUUCGGUGUCAACGCAAUGUGGGCCGUCAUGACCGUGGUCGUCAUCUUCGAAUUCCACGUCGGGGCCACUUUUAGUAGAGGGUUGAAUAGACUACUAGCUACAGUGCUUGGCGGUGCAAUUGGUCUUGGUGCUCAUCACUUAGCAAGUCUCUCGGGAAAAACCGGCCAGCCCAUAAUGCUUAGUUUCUUCGUCUUUCUUCAAGCCGCUGGUAUUACGUUUAUGAGGUUCUUCCCGCGAAUCAAGGCAAAGUACGACUACGGGAUGCUGAUACUCAUACUGACGUUCGCGCUGGUGUCGGUGUCGGGCUUCCGGGAAGACAAGAUAUUUGAGUUUGCACACAAGCGGCUCUCCACCGUCGUCAUUGGCAGCUCUGCCUGCCUGAUCGUCUCCGUCAUUGUGUGUCCCGUCUGGGCUGGCGAAGACCUCCAUCGCCUCAUCGCUCUCAACGUGGAAAAGCUUGCCAACUUCUUGGAAGGAUUUGGGGAUGAAUAUUUGAGAAAAUUAGAAGACAGUGACUUGAAUCAAGACAAGUCACUUUUUCGAGAGUACAAAAGUGUUCUCGAAACGAAAAGCAAAGAAGAAUCUCUGGCGAUUUUUGCGAGUUGGGAACCAAGUCAUGGUCGGUUCGGCUAUCGUCAUCCAUGGAAGCAAUACCUAAAGAUUGGAGCUUUGAUUCGUCAAUGUGCCUAUAGAAUUGAAGCCAUUGAUAGCUACCUCACAAUUAAAUUCCACGCGCCACCGCAAGUUCAAACUAGACUCGAGGAGCUCUGUGCAGAGAUGGGCAUGGAAGCCGCAAGAGCUUCGAAGCAACUCUCAUCUUCCCUCAAGACAAUGACCACGCCAUCCUCUGCGACUCCCCACCUUGAGAAGGCCCGAACCGCUGCAAAAGCCCUCAAGUCGCUGCUCAAGACGACCUCCUGGAAUCAUGCGACCGACAUCCUCGCCGUCGUCCACGCCAUCUGUUAA